UUGCGGAUGCCUUUAAAACUUGAUCAAGUUCCCUUUUUCAGUCAGAUAACUGGCAUCUAAACCGGCUGAGAAAACAUUAACCACAGCCGGACAUGGGGUGCUUGUUCUGUGCGUCCACCAGUGCGUUAACCCGGGGUUGCGAAGUUUUGUCCGAAGGUCAUUACACCGACGCAACCACUAGUGUUCCCACAAAAGCAUGGACAUAUCUGCUGUUAACGCUCUUCCUUACGAGGAUUUUGUGAAUAUUUUCGAAAAUGUUGUUGAGAGAUGUCCACUUAUUCCGGCUGCGGUGUGGACGAGGCGUCCCUUUGUGAGCCUGGGUGACAUGGAAGCUGCUAUUAAUGAGUUUAUUGACGUUCUCCCCGACUCAGGUAAAGAGGGGAUCCUGAGGUGCCACCCGGACCUGGCGGGCAGGGAUCUGAGGAGCGGGGCUCUGACCCGCGAGUCCCGGGAGGAGCAGGCGAGCGCCGGCAUGGCCGCGCUCAGCGCGGGGGAGGCGGCGCGCAUGGCGCGGCUCAACCACGACUACAAGGAGCGCUUCGGGUUCCCGUUCGUCAUCUGCGCCCGGAUGAACGACAAAGCAAAUAUCUUGCAGCAGCUGUCCCAGCGCUGCCUGAGCGCGCGUCCGGCCGAGCGGGCCCGCGGCAUCGAGGAGGUGAAAAAGAUCUGCCGCCUGCGUCUCCAAGCUCUGGUGCUUCCAGACGCCCCAAACAAGCUAUGAUCCUCACCCAUCUCAAUGAAAAAACUAUCAUAAUGUCAAACUUAAACGCUGUCACAGUCUUUAUUAUUUCAGAUGCAUUAUUAGGCUAUUAAAAUAAAGAAUUAAUCUAACA